AUGUCCCCUCAGAGUGAGUGGUCCAGGGUGGUCCUGGGGCUCCUGGGGUACUCUGGGGGUGGUCCAGGGGCUACCAAUGUCCCCUCAGAGUGCUCAAGGGUGGUCCCAGUGUCCCCUGAGGGUGGUCCUGGGCCUCCCGUUGUCGCCUGCGGGCGCUCCCCGGGCUCCUGCCCUCCCCCCGGGCCACCCGUGCCUGGUCCCCUUGUCCCCCCCGGUGUCCCCCGGUGUCGCUCACCCCUUGCGCGGCUCCUCGUCGCGGGGCCGCCACUCGGGCCGUCCCUUGCGCUGCAGCAGGCUCACGGCGGCGGCGGCGGGCGGCCGCUCCUCGCCCAGGCGCAGCAGGGCGGCGGCGGCGGCCGCNCCCGGGCCGGCCCCGCCCCCCCCCGCCCGCGCUCGCUCGGGGCCUUCGCGGAGCUCGUGCAGCAGGCCCUGCCCCCCAAGCCGCCCUCGCCACGCCCCGGGGGCGGGGCCGAGCUCAGCGCGCGGCUGGGAUUGGCUGGCGAGGAGAGCGAGGAGGAGGGCGCCGGCAGCGGCGGCAGCGCCAUCGACAACAAGAUCGAGAGGGCCAUGGACCUGGUGAAGUCGCACCUGCUGCUGGCGGUGCGGGAGGAGGUGGAGGCGCUGCGGGAGCAGAUCCGGGAGCUGAGCGAGCGCCGCGCGGCGCUGGAGAGGGAGAACCGCCUGCUGCGGGCGCUGGCCACGCCGCGGCCCCGGGCCCGCCCGCGCCCCCCGGGCGCCGCGGGGGCCAUGCAGCGCAAGCGGCUGCAGUGGGGAGGGGGCUAGGGGGGGGAAAAACCC